AUGUUGUUAGGCCGUACUAUCUGUUUGCAUGUGCGAAGAAACUCGCCUCAAAGCGGCGUUCAGCCAAACUGUUACAGACUACUCAUGAGGCGCCAGGCUCCUGUCAAGUCGAGCGAAAAACUCGAGAACGGUACAGAAAUGGUCGCAUUCGCGUUGACACCAUUCCUACCCUCACCGUCGAGAAGAUGCGCUUUUUCGUCGUCCGGUGACGCACAGACAAGCCGUUGUCCGAUGAUCAGCUGA